AUGUACAACCUCUCUAUCGGAGACCAACCCAUCACCAAGAAAUCUACCAUUCGCAUCCUGGGCAUGUACCUGGACGAAAAUUGCACAGCCAACACAUGGUUCCUGAAAACGACUGGAUCAGUACACACGCCUAGACGCGCUCAAGAGUUGCGGGGAUCAUUUAAUGAUCUCAGCAAACUCGUAUCCGCGCACUACAACAUCCAGGAGGCACGGCUUCGCACAACACCAGCCGGCCGGUCUAUCCUUGCAAAACUAGGCUACGCCGUGCACGAUCUGCCCGAACUCCCACAACAGACCCCGCCGUGGGAACACAUUGUCUUCACCGACGGGACUCCUCUACCUCAGCGGAUACAGAGCACCGGCAGGCGCCUCCCUCUCAAGAGACGGCACUUAAAGCACAUUCGCUCGCUUGACGAUUGCCCCCACGUGAUCUACGUCGAUGCAUCCCUGCCAGCUGAUCACAAAUGCGCUGUCUACGCCACGGCGCGGUACAAUUGUAACACAGAAGCACAGGCACGAUACCUGCGCACAACGGCUACGCCCCCGCUCACCACCCAAGCGGAGCUUCAAGCCAUCAUGGACUAUGCGCGCGACGCACUUCUUACGGCAAGGGAAGACGCACCAGUCACGCACAUCAUUUAUACUGACUCGCAAGCGGCACACCACAUAUGCUCAGACACCAAAUAUACCGGAUCUACCUUACACGAGCUCAAGGUGGCCGUCUCAUCUCUGAGAGCGUCCGGCCAUCAAUUCAUCAUACGAUGGGUCCCUGCCCACUGUGGCAUACCUGGAAAUGAGAAAGCCCACAGACUAGCGCGCGCACACCUCCUCUCCGCGCUGGCCAAGGGACCCUCCUCUUCCUCAUCUCUAGGCAACCCCUCACAGGAAAUUGCCAACCCUUGGCACGACUUGCGCUCUACCAAAGCCCAGCGAGCCACCUACCUCUCCAUGGCCGCUAACCCGCUAUCCACCCCUAAGAUUCCCUCCCAACAUUUUUCUCGUAGGGAAGCCGUCAUGAUUCGGCAAAUUCAGACAGGGACCCUACUGACACCGCAUCUCUUACAGCGGUUUCGCGGGAACGACGGGGAGGGACCUUCCACAGCCUCUGGCAUCUGCGAGAACUGCAAUUCUAAGGCACACCUGGUCCAUCUCAUGUGGUCUUGCCCUUUGUAUAACAUUCCACGACAACAGGCUUUGGACCUCAUCACAAACGCCCCAGUACCCGCAUCCCUGAACGCCUGCGCAUGUCCAGACACCACCAUAUCCCCCAAGCAUGCUUUGGAGCUCUGGGAGGCACUACUCACCUUCAUAAAAGACCCAACUGCGCCUCCAGUGGGGGACCGGCUCCUUCCGGCUACAGCCAAGAGGAUACGGCCUCCCCCUCCCUCGUUGACGAAGGCCUUGAAGCCAUGA